CUCGGAUGCUCAUUUAAUUAUAAGUUAUAAAUUUUAAAAACAUUUUCACGAAGAUCAAAAAAGAAAACACUAAAAUAUGACAAUUUAUAAAUUUAAAGUUUUUUUGAAAACUUGCAAUAUAAGAUAUCCUCUUUUUCAAAGUAGAGGUAGCUGUCAUGGGAGGUACGCUUACUGAAUAUUUUUAUCAAAAGGAUGGAGUGCUCAUUCAAGAUGGUGGGCUCAAGUACAGUAUUUAAAACUGCUUUCUUUUCUUUUAAUUUGGGAUAAUUUUUGAUUUCCACUCCACUUUACUUAGCUUUUGGUUUUAUUUAUUAUUAAUAAAGUUAAGUUUUACUGAAAGUUUGAACAGUAACUGAGCAACUUUUAAUGUUUAAAAACAAUGAAAUGUUUAAACGUUAAGGAAUGUAAGGUGAAUCAGUGUCUGAAUCAGAAUGAAUUAAAAUUAUAAAUAAUAUAUUAAAUAUGAAUUAAAUAAAGAGUAAGCGAUACAUUUACUAUUCGAUAAUGAAACAACUUUUUUAACUAAUUGUGUUUUUAAAGUUUAGGUAAGGUUGAACGAAAUUGAUUGAUUUUUUUCUCAGCAAAAUAUUAACCACAAAAAAGACGGGAUUGUUGACACUUUUCACUGACUAAACAUUAACUACGCUUAAAGAUAACUAAAAAGUAGAACUUUAAACCUCAAGACGAUGCUUAAAGUGAUCCUGAUCAUAAUUUUAACUUUUAAAAUUAUUUUACCUGCUCUGUUACGUGAUCCAAAUGGUUAUUUACUCUAUUGUCCAUGCAUUGGUGAGUUUGGCCAGCAGACUGAUCACUUAUUAAACGCCCUUGCUUUUUCGAAAGGAAUUAACCGGACGUUGGUGGUACCACCAUGGUUAAUUUAUAAAUUUGAUGCAAAUUCGGUACACGUUCCGUACGAUAGAUGGUUUUCUUUGGAAGAGUUAAAAAAAUAUCACAAAGUAAUAUCGUUCAAGUAUUUCAUGGAAAAGAUGGCUGAUUCAAUAUGGCCGAAAAACAACAGAACAGGUCACUGCAGGGUAUUCACUGAUGGAAACUGCGAAAUGGUAUACGGCAAUCCUUUUGGAACCUUCUGGCGAAUGCAUAAUAUCGUUUUCACUGGAUUUAAAUUGCAUGACAAUAAAAAAUGGGACACAGUGUUUAACCCGGCUUCAGCGUCGCAUUGGCUAUCAAGAUACCCACCAAGUGUACCCGUUUUAGCGUUACGACGACCACCUGGUCGAGAAACGACAUCCGCGAAAUCUAUAGAAGAAUUACAGAGGUAUGUCGAUUUUUCGCCAGAGAUUAACAAGGCGACGGCAGACUUGUUAAAGAAGAGGAAAGUUGAUGUAAACAAUACGCUGGCUAUUCAACUUUUUUCUGGAAAAGUAAUGAAGGAAAUUUGCAAGUACAAUGAUUCGUUCCAGUUUGGUGACUUCUUCUCUUCGGCACAGUGCACAGGCGUCGGAUUACCUCUUUAUAACCAAACUAAGUUCACUGACGAGAUGUGUAACCCGUCAGAGAAUGUAAUCGUACGAUUUAUCUCGAAAUAUUUAAAUGAAACUAAAGCAACAACUUUGUUUGUGUCAACAGAUGACGAGUCGGAUAAAAACGUCACCAACGUAAUCAGAGCGAUACGCACAAGCUUUGGAAAUAAGAUCGCAGUUUGGACGAGAAUCAACUACAUACUCCGAAACCACACCAACCUUGUUAUCGAUCUGGCCAUCAUGAGUAAAGCGAAAUUUUUUAUUGGUAACUGUGUCAGCAGUUAUUCUUCCUUUGUAAGGCGGCAUAGACAAAUAUCCGGCAUGCCUUUCGCGUUUUUUGGUCAUCAAAUAUAACUGAGAUAUAAAAAGAACUUUUUUUGCACUUGUUUAAUUUUGUUUUUGUUGUUUUUUUUAUUUAUUUUUAUCUUUGUUUUAUAAUAUAUACACGAUAUUUUAUAGUUGCAGAUUUUUAACAUUUAGCAUAUUUUAAUAUACUUAAAAACCAAAACAAUUUAAUACUGAUCGUUGUUUGUUGUUGUUGUUGUUGUUGUUUUGUCGUUAUUUUUGUUGUUGUUGUUGUUGUUAAAGUAAGGUAGUGGAUCAAUUUUAUAUAUAAUAUUUAUAUACAUUCCACAAACCCUAUUGUCUUAAAACUUAUUUUACCUCAUUCUAAAUCUUAAUAUUUUUGUUGCGUCUUAAAUUCAUAAAGAUGAACCAACUUUUGUUCAGUUUCUGUUGUUGUUAAGGCAAGUAGCUUACACCUCUCAAGAGCUAACAGUUGUCUUUGCCAAUAUGUAAAAUAUACGAGAGGCUUGAAACUAAAAAUUCAGCCUUUUUUGUAUCAAGGUUUUUAUUAACCUCGUCUCCGAAUAUAUAUCCUAAGGGACGAGGAUAAAUUUUUAUAUGCAUAUUUUUUUUUCUUUAUAGCUUACGAUUUUUGUUUUUAUUUGUUUUCACUUUGCGAUAUUUUUUACUGGAAUAUUUUUUGUUUUAUCAAGUAUUGUACUUUUAUUGAUAACGUCUUGCAUAUUAUAAAAAAGCGAUCUUAAUACCUUUCCCUUCA